CAGGAAGGUGGAGCUUGCCAUUGAAACAGGGUGUGGUUGUGAAACUUGCCAGCUCUCUGGUAGUACUUUAAAUGGACUCCAACGACUGUGCUCCCAUAGUAAUCACAUCCUCGCUUCCACACAGAGCCUCUUCCACUCACACCUACUAGCCCAUCUUGCAGCUCUUGUUGGAUAUUUGUGCUGCUGGCAGCUGAACUGGAAGCUUUGUUGGCUUCCUGUCUGCCAACCUCCUCAGUGCUGUGCCUGACCCAUUGGCUCCCUUCUUGGGGGUUGAUUGCCUGCCUGCCUGCCUGCCCGCCCGCCCUGGCUUUUACAGCUGCUUCCCCACCAAGAGGAGCUGAGGACUCAGCAGGGGGGUGUUUUAGGAAAACAGGCAAGCAUUCACCAUGCUGCGAGAAGCUGGAUCCAAUAUUUUAGACUUCUACAACGAUCUGCUGUCGAGAUGCGACCCCAGGGUGAAAGACUACCCAUUGGUAACAUGUCCCAUCAAGAUGACCUCCAUACUGGCGACCUAUGUCGUCCUCGCCGUCUACGUGGGACCUCGCCUGAUGGCCAACCGUAAGCCCUUCCACCUGAACACAGCCAUGAUAGUCUACAACUUCAGCAUGGUCCUCCUCAACUCUUUCAUCGUUUAUGAGUUCAUGAUGUCUGGAUGGGCCACCACCUUCACUUGGAAAUGUGACCUUAUUGACCCCUCCAACACGCCACAGGCACUUCGGAUGGUGCGAGUGGCUUGGCUCUUUUAUUUUUCCAAAUUCAUUGAACUCAUCGAUACGGUAUUCUUUGUGUUGAGGAAGAAACAAAACCAGAUCACAUUUCUCCAUGUGUUUCAUCACUCUGUGAUGCCCUGGUCGUGGUGGUGGGGCGUCAUGCUGACUCCUGCUGGAGGAAUGGGCUCCUUCCAUGCAAUGGUCAACGCAGGUGUCCACGUCAUCAUGUACACAUACUACGGGCUCUCUGCCGCCGGACCAAGAUUCCAGAAGUAUUUGUGGUGGAAGAAGUACAUGACUGCCAUUCAGCUUACGCAGUUCGUCCUGGUGUCAGUGCACAUCAGCCAGUACUACUUCAUGGAGAAGUGUGACUACCAGGUGCCCCUGUGGAUCCACCUCAUCUGGAUGUACGGCGUCCUCUUCUUCAUCCUCUUCUCCAACUUCUGGGUGCAGGCCUAUAUCAAGGGGAACAGACUCCCAGACAAAGACCUUAAGAAAAGGCAAAAUGGUUCAGCCGGAGAGAGCAUCAACGUGGUGGCCAAUGGCAAUCACCAACAGCACAAUGGUGACGCACACCACCACCACCACACUAAUGGGAAAGUGCAGCUCGGCAAAGUGAAGGAGAUCUAACGCCACUCUACCACAGCUAUAGAAUAACCAAGUCUAGUCUUUUGUUGAUUCACGUGUUGGGAUAUGAGAUGUUGUGAUGUUUUGCCAGUGAUCUCGUCUCUCUCGCCACACUUGUGUUUGUUGCCACGCAGUGAUGCACACACAUACACACAUGGUGUAUGAAGAUUGGUGCUCCUAUUCUCACAUUUUCUGACAUGAUGAGCCUUAGAAAGAGUAUCACACACUUUCCACUGAAGACUAGCAUGUGUAAAUAACCUUUGCAAAGAUUAUGAUGAAAGAGAAAAAAUAUGCAUUGUAUGUGUCAUAUAUUUAGUUUUUUUUAAUUUAUCUAUCUUUUGAAAUAAAACACAUUUUAGAUAAAGGUCGGUGUCAUUUGGAAAGCAGCCACAGUUCAAGUUUUCAAUAUGUUAAGAAUUUCACUGAAUUGUUUUGUUACUGUAUAUUACAGUGUUGGUGAAUUUUUGCAUGUAUGCAUAACUCAGUAAGGCCACACAAACAUAAACAUGCUCAAUCCAUACUUGAAAUUUCUUUCUUGGUAAACUGUGAUCUGUGAAAGAUUUCUUCUCUCAUGAAGUUGACAGCGCUACACAAAGUAUAUUGUUAUUAAAUCUUUAUUUGAUACAGUAAAUGACUGAACUGAAUUCUAUAUAUUAACAUCUGAUUGUACUGAUGACAAUAAUGUAGGCUGCUGAAUAGUUUAUUUUUAGUAGUACUGAGAUUUCCUGUUUGC